UGGGCAGCAGCUUCACUGCACCGUGCAUAAAGCCUUCGCUGGAUACAUAAGAUAUCGGAUGAUGAAUUAUCUGUAACCUACCUGAUAAAGGGGUGGAACUGUAGGUUUGGUGACCUGCAGACUCUGACUAACUCAAUUUGAAGACCGAGCAGGAUGUUCAGCACUCACUUGUGUUAAGGGUCAAAGGUGACGAGUGGACCGCAGAGAUGAGUUUGACUUCCUGGUUUCUGGUGAGUGGCGGGGGCACUAAGCACCGCCUACCCCGCGAGAUGAUCUUUGUGGGUCGGGACGACUGUGAACUCAUGUUACAGUCUCGCAGUGUGGACAAACAGCAUGCGGUGAUCAACUAUGAGCCAACCACAGAUGAACACAAAGUCAAGGAUUUAGGAAGUCUGAAUGGGACAUUUGUGAAUGAUGUCAGGAUUCAGGAGCAGAUGUAUAUUACAUUGAAGAUCGACGACAAACUGAGGUUCGGCUAUGAUACCAACCUGUUCACGGUGGUGAGAGGAGAACUCCACGUCCCAGAGGAGGCGCUGAAGCAUGAGAAGUUCACCAGCCAGCUGCAGCUGAGUCAGAAGCGUCCGGAAGCGGAGGCCUCCAGAGCGCCUGAGGUCCAAGCCCCCGCCGAGGCAGCGUGUGAGGGGGCCGCCGCCAAGCCUCCCGAGGCCUUCAAGGGGGAGGACAAGCUGACAGGGGACAUUGCGGUUCUGAAAAGAGGCACACCUCUGUACGGCCAGCCUGCAUGGUGGGGGGAUGGAGACGCCGAUGAUGAACAUUCCGGAAAGCAGGAUGGAAGGACGUCUGAGAAGAAGCCAGAGAGGGCAGAAGGAGAGCCCAAGAGGGCAAACGCAGAGGCCCAGGAGAACGGCCUGGGGUCCUCGAGCCAGGAGCCCAGUUACUUCGAGAUCCCCUCCAAGGACAGCCUGGCUGCGGAGGAGACGCCGUCCAAAGACACAGAGGCAGGAGCCGCCCUUGGCUCUAACUCCGCCCUGGCACCCGAGGCCUUCACCAUCCAGUUUGACUCGGCGGCGUCCAGUAAGGUCGCCAUUAAGGACCGCGCCGGGAAGGUGGCGCCCGACCAGAGGCCGCGCCCCAAGAGGGGGGCGGGGGAGGAGUUGAGCGCCCUGCAGAGCGCCAUGGUGGCUGCAGAGGUGAAGGUAGCCGAUUGGUUGGCCCAGAACGAGCUGCCGAUUGGGUAUAAGGAGCCGGUGGCCGAGGACGACGGGGAAAGUGUGAAGAGCGAUGUGCCUGUUCACCUAAGGAGCCUUAAAGGCAGCAAACAUGAGGACGGCACCCAGAGCGACUCGGAGAACGCCCUCGGGGAGCAGCGGAGGGCGGCCGCUCUGGAGGAGCGCUCCCGGGGACUGUGGGGGGAACGCCUGGGGUCGGGGGUCAAGAUCCGCGAGGGCCGAGCCAACGUCCCCGAGGGCCUGUUCGUGGAGGAGGACAGCCCGGCACGCCGGACCCGCUCGUCGGCGUCCAAGAUGGCGCCGGUCGGCGGGGAGUUGGUCGAGAGGAGGAGGGUCUCGGCGCCGUACCGCCACCCGCAGGCGGGGGAGGGGUUUCGCGGUCGCCACGGAGACGACCACAGCGACAGAGGGACCUAUACGAUAGAGCUGGAGAACGGCGACCACGAGGAGGAGGAGGCCAGGCGGAUGAUUGACAAGGUGUUCGGGGUGGAGGACCAGCAGGCUCUGUCCAGGGUUGGGUGUGGCGACCCCCAUAGAGACAGCAGAGGUGGCUCUCAGAGGCCAGGCUCUGGGGAUAGGGACAAGCCUGGACGCAUGGAGCCCGGGACCCUAUCGGAGGAGCUCAUGGUCGGGGGGCCGCGGUGGGUCUCUCAGUGGGCCACUCUGGCGGCCAGCCACAUCCGGACGGAUCCGGAAGGUUCUGGCGCGGAGACCCACGUUUACGUCAGCGAAGACAGAGCUGAGAUCAGCGAGUCCAGCCACUCGCCCUCCAUGACCUCCUCCGGCUACAACGAGCGCAAGAGGAGGACCCUGCCCCCGCUGCCCUUAGAGGACCCUGGCCUGGGGAGGAGAGCCCCUGGCCCCGGCCCAGCCCCUCGCUACGACGUGGGGGAGAAGCAGGACACGGAGCUCCAGGAGAAGGAGAACCAGGAGGAGAGGCUGGGGAGAGGCACGGCCAAAGUGGCCCAGGUGGGAGGAGGGGGUGGCGGGGGAGGGGCUCAGGGCGCGUGCACCCGAGGAAGCCCCCAAAAAUCCUCCCCAGCCAAGUCGCAGGAGGGAGGAAGCCGCAAGGCGGGGCUGCAGCCAGCGGCGGCGGCGGGGGGCGGCGGGGCUGCGAAGCUGCCGCCCCGGCCGAUGACCAGCGGGGAGAAGAGGCUGGAGGAGGCGCGGCGGAGAAGGAGAGAGGACGAGAGAGCCAGGGAGGCCUCUGGGAAGCCUCUCCUCAGGCAGGAGAGCUUCACCGUGGAGACGCCCAGCGCCAACGUGCCCCAUGAGCUCAUACCGCGCAUCGACGCCAACUCGGGCACCAGGGCACUGAGCCGACCCGCCGUGGGUGGCCUCGACAGUGCCACGCUCCAGAGGGACUCGGAGGCGGUGGCAGCCUUCCUGGAGACGACCGUUUCAGACCAGGGGGACCCGCCCAGCCAGUCCAUCGAAGGUUCGGCGUCGCCCGAGUCGGACGUGGACACCACCAGCACCGUCAGCCAGGCGGGGGGCAACGGAGGGCGCAAGGUGGUUCAAAAGAGGCGUACCCUAGCGUCGCAGCAGAAGGAGCGAACGGUGGUGUGCUCCUCCACCAGGGGCCCCGGGGGAGCCAGGGACGCCCAGGAUCGAAAGCCCAAGACCAGGGCCUCGUCCGGGGGCACGGGGGCCCGUCAUGCCUCCCAGUCCAGCCGUCCCUGGACCUCUUUGGACCUGACGGACGACGACAUCAACUCCAACAGCCUACUGUCUGACUCCCAGACCUCCAUCCAGGAGGUGCGCUCCCACAGUCGUGCCCAGGCUGGGAGCACCACGGUGGGAGCUAGCACCAAGGCUAGCCGGGCAAAAAUUUCCCAGGCCACCACUACUGGUUCCUCCAGUAAACCCACCACCCUGCCCAGGCCCACUCGGGCCUCGCUGCUGAGAAGGGCCCGGCUGGGAGACUCCUCCGACACUGAGAUGGGCGACUUUGACCGCAUGUCUGUCGCCUCGGAGGCCUCCACCGCCAGCUCUGCGUCCAGAACGGGGAUGGUUCGGCGGGGCCUGUCCCGAAUCGAGGCCCUGGCUCAGCCCAGGAGGCCCAGGGUAGGUUCCCCGUCGGCCCAGAGCGACUCGGAGGCCACCGUCACCCGGAGCCGCGGCCUGGGUGCUCGGAGCGUCGCUGGCGACUUUGCCACUCGUCAGGGGGUCCGCGGGGCCAACUUGAUUGCAGUGGCGGUGCCCAGGGCCAGGGCCAACAGCGCAUCCAAGUUGCCAGACAAGUCGAAGGGCGCCCCCUAUGGUCAAGUCAGCCCUGCAGCCGGAGGUCGUUGGCGGCGUGUGCCUGUGGAGUACGCCUCCACCUCCGAAGACGAGUACGGCUCCAACCGCCACCCGUCCAAGCACGGCCACGCCCGCCCCUUCCCCGCCACCAGGGUGGCCCAGCUGGGGGGCUCGGCCCCCGCCACGCCCAGCCCCGGGGCCGUGUCGUCGCUGAGGCAACAGUCCAGAGAGCAGGAGGAGUACAUGAGGGACUGGACUGCCCACAGCGAGGAGAUAGCCAGGAUUAGUCAGGACCUAGCCAAAGACCUGGCCAUGCUGGCCAGAGAGAUCCACGAUGUGGCUGGAGAGAUCGACUCGGUCAGCCCUGCGGCCAAUGACCCAGGAGCAAUGUUGGAGGAUCGUGUGUUCGAGGAGAGCCUGGACGCGGGCGGCGGGCCCUCCUCGGAGCGCAGCGGCAUUCUGGGAACGAACGGCCGCCCGGUGGAGCUCCGCCCCCGCAGCAGUAACGGCCAGGGUCCUCGUUCCAUCAGACGGCAAACCUGGAACAGAGACGAGGCUGUGUUGGACAGCCUACUGUUAGCAUCUGUGACUCAACUCUCCUCGCGGAUACGCCAGUCUGUCGACAAAACAGCGGGGAAAAUCAGGAUAUUAUUCAAAGAUAAAGAUCGAAAGUGGGACGAGAUAGAGAGCAAGCUCCAAGCUGAACAUGACUCUCUGCUGCUCAAGACAUCGAGCAAGGAGAUCUCAAACGUCCUCCAGGAUCUGAAGAGAGUGGAGAGGCAGUUGCUGGUCAUAGACGUGAUGGUGGACCCAGACGGCACCCUGGACGCCCUCACCAGCCUGGGCCUCACCAGCCCGCUGAUGUCCGAACAGAGGCUCAGUCCUGGGGGACAGGGGGCUGGCGCGGUGAGCCUCCCCUCUGGAGAUCCUGGGCCCACCAGCACCUUGGCGCUCCCCUCAGGGGACACCUCGGCCCCCUCAACCCAGGCGGCAGAGAGGGAUCUGGGGCUCCACUUGCACAACAACCUGAACGCACCUCCGCCCUCCGGGGCUGAGAGGAACGCCGAACCCUAACAGGUGAUGAAUCAGAAGACCGACAGAACAGCUGUGACUUCUGAAUGCUCGCCAUGAGGAGCUAAGUAAGAAUAGAACGCAGAGGAGCCAAGGAUGUUGCAGUUAGAACGCAGAGGAGCCAAUGAUGUUGCAGUUAGAACGCAGAGGAGCCAAUGGGGUUGCGUGUAGAGUGGACCUUACGCAUCCUGUUGAUUAUUUGUAUCCAAACUAAUCUCAUCUCUUAACUAAUCAUUUCCGGUCUUGGCAAAAGAAGUGUGGAAAUUGCUUACUCUGCCCUGCAGAGUUUAGUAAACGGGUUAUUCUGCAUAA